GUGUGCUCUGACAACAACACACAGGCUUUCUGCUGAUGUGAAGAGACGAAGGUGCACGCUAUUUUACUACCUAAGUAUUGACUUGACAUUAUUUUAUACUUAUAGAAAAGGCACGACCCUUAGAAUGAGUUUUAGAUUUAAUUAAAAAAACGUCUUCCUGUUAUAUAUUAUUGUUUUUUAACUCUACGAAUAAGCGCUGAAUUCCUGAGGUGUUAGCCAGUCAAGCUAGCAAACUAAAUAUAUCUCUAACUUUAUUGAUGUAAACGACUUGCCUAGCUGAUAUAUAGACAGAGCCAAUGAGUUGUGGGUCAUGGAUUGGUAGUCUGGUUGUCAGCAAAUUGCCAGUUCUAGUGGGUUGAAAGGUCUGGUGUCCAGUAUGAGCGCAUCAGCUGGGGACAGAGAGCCUGGGACCCUCUUGGAUAAUGCAAUGGAGGAUACCAUUGGCCCUACCUGCACAGGAGAGAACAGCAAACAUGACGCUGCAGUCUGCUCUGGAAACACUGAAAUAAAGAGCCGUGCUGUAGUCAAGUACUCAGCCGCUCCACCACCUACCAGCUAUGCCCUGCUGCAGGAGAAGACAGACCUGAAGCUGCCGCCCGCAAACUGGCUGAGAGAAAACCCCCAGCUGGGCAGCGCCGGAACCACCGUGUUAGGGUCCAGCAGCAAGAGCAAACCUUUUUCCAGUUUUGGGAUGGCGUAUGACUUCAUCGACUGCAUCGGGGAUGAUGUUGACGUGGUAUCAGACUCAGAGAACAUCAAGAAGCUUCUGAAAAUACCCUACAGCAAGUCACACGUCAGUAUGGCUGUUCACCGUGUGGGGAGGACUCUGCUUUUGGAUGAGCUGGACAUUCAAGAGCUCUUCAUGAGAUCCUCUCAGACAGGAGAUUGGACAUGGCUAAAAGAGUUUUACCAGCGGCUAAUCGAUCAGAAGUGGCAGAGGAAAAAGAAGAGUAAAGAGCACUGGUAUCAGAAAGCAAUCUUGUCGAAAUUUCUCUACUACAGUAUUAAUGGUGACGGAGCUGCGGAGCCUGUAUCAGACAACCUGAAUGAAGGGGAGGAGGAGAACAGGGCAGCGGAGUUCAGUUCUUCAUGGCCGACUGCCUUCACCAGUACAUCGUCUGAUACCGAAGAAUCAGACGCUCCGAAACAGGAAAGUGUUCCCAUGGAAAGCAAGUUCGCGCUUGGCCAGGUGACAUCUGUGCCCAAAGAGCAAAACCUGCCGAUGCUCUUCAAUGAAGGGGAGAAUAGUCAGGGUUUAAGGAACGACUUUGUGCGAAACAUCAUGUGGACAUUCGAGGAUAUCCACAUGUUGGUUGGGUCCAACAUGCCUAUUUUUGGAGGAGGUCGCUAUCCUGCCGUCAGUCUGAGACUCAGGGACAACAACAAACCAAUCAACAUUCUGACGGGUAUCGAUUACUGGCUCGACAAUCUCAUGUGUAACGUCCCAGAGCUCGUCAUGUGCUUUCACGUCAAUGGUAUAGUCCAGAAAUACGAGAUGAUAAAAACGGAGGACAUCCCUCAUCUAGAGAACUCCACUUUCUCAACGAGGGUGGUGAAAGACAUCGCUCAAAAUAUCCUCUCCUUCCUAAAGUCAAACUGCACCAAAGAGGGUCACACCUACUGGCUGUUCAAAGCUAGUGGGAGUGACAUUGUGAAGCUUUAUGAUCUUACUACUCUGUGUGAGGAGGCUGAGGAAGAGAAAUGCCAGAAUCCCUUUACUCUUCCUGUGGCUGUGUUACUAUACAAAGUUGCCAGCAACUUGAUGCUGAAAGCGAGACAGAACCAAAAGCACUACGGCACAAUCAGAACUCUGCUUUUAAACUGUGUCAAACUUCUGGACCAAGAGAGGCAUCCCCAGAUCAUCGCCUCGGCCCACUACAUGCUCUCAGAGCUGUUCCAGCUUGAUGAGCCUCCUCAAGAGGACGGAGGGGAGUCACUUCGGGCCGGGGGCUCCGAGGACAGCUACAGUGAUGAAGACGGGGAGGAGGAGGGGGAGGCGGAGCUGACGGAGGACAGCGACGAGAACAGCUCCUACAGCUCUUGCUCCAGAUCACAGGACGACAGUAAAGCUGUGGCCGUGAUUCGCUCUGUCGGGGAGCUGUCGGUCCCAGAGAAAUAUAAAUCUACUCACCAGAUCAGACCAAGUGGCCCUUUCCCUGUUUCUCAAAACAAGGAGGAGAGAUGCAGACACGUCUUGAGCUACGUACUUAAGGGGAUCAAGGCAGUAGAUGGCAGCAUUAAGAAGGAGAGUGAUCUCCCAGCUGCAGACCCAAACACACCCAUUCCACUUAAGUAUGAGGACAGAAGUGCAGCCGGAGCCUGCGCUGCCGAGACAGGCAUCUCCCUGCUUCUUGAAAGAGCCGGGCCGUUGCAGGCGGACCAGAAGCACCCGACACGCUCAGGGAUGAUCCCCGGCUCGUGGCAGCACCGUAUGAAGCUCCAGCUCUUCCUCAAAGCCUCCAAGGCCUACUAUGUCCUGUCUGAUGCAGCCACUAACCUGCUCAAGUACGGGCGGGCCCUGCGCUACAUCAAGUUAUCUCUGCAAAGUUAUGAUGCCUAUUGUUCAGUGAGCGGAACGCUGCACCCACAGGUGCUUCAGUUUCACAGCCAGUGCCUGUCUCUGUGUGGGGACAUCCAGCUGAUGUUGGCCCAGAAUGCUAACAACAGAGCUGCCUACCAGGAGGAGUACAGCUACCAGACCAAAGAGGACCAGGAUAUCCUGCACAGCCUGCACAGAGAGAGCAGCUGCCAGGCCUUCAACAUGGCGACAGACCUGGCCAUGGACCCGGAGUACCAGCUGUUUGUUAGCAGUAAAUGCUAUGAGGCGGCGUAUGAACUGCUCGUCUCUGAGGCUUUGACAGAUCACGACUCCGAUCAGCUGGCUCCGGUGCUCAAAAGGUUGGGAAACAUCCGCAAUGAGAUGGGAGUCUUCUACAUGAACCAGGCUGCAGCCAUGCAGACUGAGAAAGAAGUGAAAAAGUCUGUGUCAGUCGUGGAGCAGGAGAUGUGGAAAAAGAGUUUUGCUUUCUUUGAGAAAGGCAUGAAGGACUUUGAAGCCAUUAGGGACAGAACCAACACGGCCUUGUUGCUGUGUAACACCGGCAGGCUGAUGAGAAUCUGUGCUCAGGCUCACUGUGCUGUCUCUGCCGACCAGAGCAGAGGAGAGUUCUCACCAGAGGAGGCGCUCUACUACAACAAGGCCAUAGACUACUAUUUGAGAGCCAUAAAGGCCCUGACAAGCCGAGAUAGCCACCCAGCGGUGUGGGACAGUGUGAACUGGGAACUCUCCACCACUUAUUUCACCCUGGCGACUCUCCUGCAGGACUACGCCCCGCUGUCCAGGAAGGCCCAGGAGCAGAUCGAGCGUGAGGUUACCGAGGCGAUGAUGAAGUCCCUGAGAUACUGUGACCUGCAGACUGAGUCAGCUCGUCAGCCACUCUACCAGUACAGAGCUGCCACCAUCCACCACCGCCUGGCCUCCAUGUAUCACAGCUGCUUCCGCAACCAGGUGGGGGAUGAACACUUGAGGAAGCAGCAUCGCAGUCAGGCAGAGCUUCACUACAGUAAGGCUGUCUGUCUGUUCCUCAGCCUUAAAGACGCUCCCUGUGAGCUGCUCCGCACGCUGCUGGAGCGGGUGGCUUUUGCUGAGUUUACCAUGGCAGGUCAGAGCAGCAGCGCAGCAAAGCUGAAGAGCCUUACCGGAGCGAUGGAGAUCAUGACAGAAACUCGCUUUGCCUUCCAGAUGAUUCAUAAAGAGCUGCUGGAGGAACAGCUAGAGUUGAGUGAACCACAACCUGCUGAAUCAGCAGACUCUAUCGAUGUGACCAGCGGCCCGUCCUCUGGACUGAACCUCCAGGAAGUGAUGAAGUUGAUAGGCGUGUUUGAGCCGAGUUUCUCCUUCCUGCUGCUGCAGCUGAUCAAACUGAUGACGACAAUGAAACGGAAACCAAGCAAUAAGGACGAGGAGCUGUUGAAGACCUUUAAGAAUGUGUACUCCAAGCUCCUGCGAGCUGAGAAAACUGCCCCUCUCCUGAGUCGUGUCUCGCUCUACAUCGAGCUCCUGCAGCAGCUGACUCCACAAACCGAAAGUGACGACAGGGGGGCACAUUCAUGAUGAUUUCAUUAAACAAUAGCAAGGAAUACACGAAAGAACUUUAACUCAGCUCUCUGCACCCGCUCUUGGAAACACUUGGACGCCAUCAUUUCUGACAGGCACAUGCUCAGGCGACACUGAAUUACAGUUUCAAAGCUAAUUCACCUCCUGCGCCUUUAAAUAAACCAAUCAUUUUCUAACAUUUGCAUCACAGGUUUUCAAUUGUACAUUUUUGUUAAAAGACUUUUCAAUUUAGAAGAUGUUAUUUAAUUUUCAGUAUUUCUUAAAAAAGUUCUUUGUCAUGUGUAAAGCUCCUAUGUGUAGGAUUUGUUGUUUACCGUUCCGAACAUCACCUGGGUUGCCUCACUUUUCUACUAACAGAAACACACGACAAACGCAAACGAGUACAAUCACAUUCAACUUCUACUCAUAGGGGCUUUUCGAGAGAUACAACAUUUAGAAAAUCAUUUGACAAAUGAUUUAGUUGAGUUUUUUUCUGAUUGGUGGUUUUUGAUAUUCAAUAACACCAAUGAUGCCGUGGAUUGAACUGAAGUUUUGGGCUGACGAGUCAAAAUGAGCUUGAACACCGUGUUUGCUUUCCAAAACAGAAAUGUGCAAUAGUUCGGCAACAUUCAAUGCAAACUCUGAGGUUUGUGAGUCCACAAUGCUGUUUAUGUUGAUGUGAGCUUAUGUCAGCAUGGUUUGCUGUGACAUGAAAAUAAAAGUUUUUUUUACAUUU